GGGGCCGGUACCGGAACUUGGCACUGCCCUCCCCUGGCGCCCCGCCUGGCGGCGAUGAAGUGACGGCAGCUGAGGCGCCGCGAGACGAGAACGAUGGGUCUGCUGUCAGAGCUGAAACUGGCUGUGCCCUGGGGCCACAUCGCUGCCAAAGCCUGGGGCUCCCAGCAGGCGCCCCCGAUUCUCUGCCUGCAUGGCUGGCUGGACAACGCCAACUCCUUCGACAGACUCAUCCCUCUUCUGCCUAAAGACUUUUAUUACGUGGCCAUGGAUUUCGGGGGCCACGGGCUCUCGUCCCAUUAUAGCCCGGGCCUCCCGUAUUACCACCAAAACUUCGUGAGUGAGAUCCGAAGAGUGGCAGCGGCCCUGAAGUGGAGCCGGUUUUCCCUCCUGGGCCACAGUUUCGGUGGCGUUGUGGGUGGAAUGUUUUCCUGUAUCUUCCCCGAGAUGGUGGACAAGCUGAUCUUGCUGGACUCGACACCAUUUGCCCUGGAUUCCAAGGAAAUACCCAACCUCCUGACCUACAAGCGGAAGGCCAUAGAACACACACUGCAGCUGGAGGCCACCCAGAAGCCCUCGCGCGUGGUCAGCGCUGCAGAGAUGCUGCAGGGGUUCCUGAAGAACAACAGUCACGUGGGGGAGGAAGGCGGGCAGCUCAUCCUGCAGAGAGGAACCACACAGGUGGCCACAGGUCUGGCGCUGAACAGAGACCGCAGGAUUGCCUUGCCCGAGCACUGCUUCGACUUCGUCAGCAGGGAGCUGUUUGUGCACGCCAUGAAGCAGCUGCAGGCCCGCGUCCUGCUCAUCAAAUCAAGCCAAGGGUUUUACGACGUGCGCAGAGACAAUGACGACGACCGGGAGCCCAUGCUCUUCCUGCUCGACACGCUGAAAUCUGCCCUGAAGGAGCGGUUCCAGUUCGUGGAAGUCCCGGGCAACCACUACGUCCACCUGAACCAGCCCCAGCGCGUGGCCAGUAUCAUCUGCUCCUUCUUACAGGGUGAGGGAGGCGCGACCCAGCCGUAGCCAAGACCUCGUGCCUAGCACCCCGACUCCCUAGCCGGGCCGGACAGGCAGGCAGAAUCCAGGGCGGAGACGGGUGCUUGAGUGCCGAGACUAACUUAAGACUGAUUCAAGGGGAAACACUGCCGGGAUGGGGGGGUGCAGGGGGCGAGUUGUCUGUUUUGGGCGGAAUCUGCAGCGCUGGCAGCAGCUGGAAGGCGCCGGGACCCCACGCGCACCUCAGGAGCUUUCGUAAAUCAAAAAUAAACUGUCCCUGUGUUCGCUGUU